AUGCCCAAGAUUCUAUCACCGUCGUUUCUUCCGCGCCGACCGUCGGGUAUCAUUCGUUAUACCCUCGUCGGCGCGAUGCUGCUAAUGUUGUACUACUUCUACGCCAACUCUCCCGAACCCCAGCCGGAGAUUCUACCGCCCGCAAACGCUGUCCAACGACCUGCGCCCAAGCCCGAGCCGAGACCUCUCGCACCCGAGGCCCCUAUCACGGAGCCCAAGCUCCAGCCGAAGCCAAAGACCAAGCCGAAGAUCGAAGCGAACCCCGAGGAGCAGCCCGCGGCGAAGCCUGUCCCGACGCAAAAGGCCACGGACGACAAGAGCCCCGAUGCCUCUGCUGGAGCCAGCGACGACGACGAGGAAACCAAGGCGACCCUCGAAGGCGGCGCGCCAAUGUCUGGUGGGCCUGAAGGCGUACACCCUAUAGAUCGCCUCAUCUACGAUGCGGAACACACGUUUGCAGAGCUCCUGUCCAAGGAGACGAGGACAUUGUCGGAAGCAGCACAAGCGUAUCGCGAACGACGUGGGCGCCACCCGCCUCCUGGCUUUGACCGCUGGUUCGAGUUUGCGCAAGCCAACGACGCCCUCAUCAUUGAGGACUUCUUCGACCAGGUUCACCAAGAUAUCGAACCCCUGUGGGGUCUUGAUCCCGCUGUCAUUCGCAAGGAGUCUUGGGACUGGGAAAUGACAAUCAACAUUCGAGAUGGUGUCGCAACUGCAGGAAGCGAUUGGUUCUGGACGCAAAUCUGGCUGAACAUGACCUCCACCAUUGCCCAUCUUCUACCCGACAUGGACCUCCCCUUAAACGCCAUGGAUGAGCCUCGUCUGGUGGUGCCCUGGGAGGACAUGGCACAAUACAUGAAAAAGGCAUCCAAGACCGUCCGCUUGCCCAAGGCCAAGCACAUGCGCAGUGAUUCGCAGAAGCUCCCGCCCCCAGGUUAUGGCGAUCUCAUGACCAAAACCCGCCCGAGGGCUUGGGAAGGCACCAGACCGUUCUGGAAAAUAGCACGACGUGGAUGCCCACCGGCCAGCUCUGCGCGGCAGAUGCCACUUCAGGACUCAUUCGAGGAGCCCCCUGACAUCAACAUGAGCUUGGCCGAUCCUCACAUGUUCGAUGGCUAUGUGUACAAUUUCACAUUGUCUACGGACAUUUGUCAUCAAGGCGAUCUCCAGGGGCUGGAGGGAAUCUUCAUUGAUCCGCUCUCAGUGUCCUCAACCAAGGUUCUGACUCCAUUUUUUGGCGGAUCCAAACUUGGCGUAAACAACGAGAUCCUCUUGCCCGCGCCCAUGUACUGGGCCGCAGAGGAACGAUUCACCGGCGGUGAGGAUCACGGCCCUUCAUGGGACGAGAAGAGCACCAAGGCCAUCUGGCGCGGCGUGGCGACUGGAGGCAAGAAUCGCGAGAGCAACUGGCGUGGAUUCCAACGGCAUCGCUUCGUCGCCAUGACGAAUGCAACGACCGUCACAGAUGUCGAGCACCAGUUCCGCCGAGCUGAAAACUGGGCGCUUCCAGAGGAUCAAUAUGACCUUCCUGCGAAGGAGGCUGGUGUGCUGGGUGACUGGGUGGGCGAGUGGUCCGACACUGCGUUCACAGAUCUCAGCUGUGAGCCCAGAGAAGAGAACGGCGCGUGUUCGCAUACGGACCCAUUCUUCAGCCGACUGCCCGGCAUGAGCAUGUCUGAGGAGUUUGACAGCAAGUACUUGCCGGAUAUCGAUGGCAACAGCUUCUCCGGACGCUAUCUCGGGUUCCUUCGGUCGACCUCGCUUCCCAUCAAGGCGACUGUCUGGCGCGAGUGGCACGAUAGCCGUUUGGUGGCCUGGAAGCACUUCGUCCCCAUGGACAACCGCUUUGGCGACUUUUACGGCAUCAUGAACUACUUUCUCGGUUUCCAGGGUCGCGGUGGUCAUGACGCCGCGGCGGAGAAAAUUGCCAGUGCGGGCAAGGAGUGGGCGGAACGCGUGCUGCGCAAGGAGGACAUGCAGGUCUACACGCUGCGCGUGUUGCUGGAGUAUGCCCGACUACUGGACGAUCGUCGGCAAUACAUGGGCUGGGUGGAAGAUGUCCUUGCAGAUCCCACGCUGGAGAAGACAUGGUCUUGGUGGUGGUAG